UCUGAGGUUCUUCUGAACGGUGUUAGCAGUAGUAGUAGGUGUGAAGAGAAGUGUCGUUUGAUUGUUUGCUCGCUAAUUUAACGGACAAGAUGGUUGACCUAUUUGCAGGAACGUGGAAAAUGAUUUCCAGUGAAAAUUUCGAUGACUAUAUGAAGGCUUUGGGCGUAGGUUUUGCCACCCGGCAGAUGGGCAAUAUGGCUAAACCAAGCCUGAUCAUCAGCGUUGACCAAGGAAUGAUCAGUAUGAAAUCGCAGAGUACAUUCAAAACCACAGAAGUCAAAUUCAAAUUGAACGAAGAAUUCGAUGAAACUACAGCCGAUGACAGAAAAACCAAGACCGUAUUUACCUUGGAAAACGGCAAGCUUGUGCAAAAACAGAAUUGGGAUGGAAAAAGCACGACGAUAGAGAGAAGUCUGGAGGAUGGUAAAUUAAUUGCGAAAUGCAUUAUGAAUGACGUUGUGGCUGUGAGGACGUAUGCGAAGGAAGAUUAAAGCGUUCCAGCCCCUGUGGUGGCUGAAUUUCUGAAGACUGAAGACCUCCCCAAAUCUCGCAAGGCAGAAAUACUGCCUUUUUGUGUCACCAAAACCAGACCUACAACAUGCACUGUAUUCUAUAUUGUGGGAGUUUGUGUCCAGUGUUAACUGCUGUGGUGCUCCAAAUAAAAAUUAAUAAAAAAUUGAAAA